GGAAACUCCAACAAUGUCACAAAAUCCAAUAAAUGAGGAGUUAUUGCUGGAGAGAUCUUUUGUCAACUUUGAAAUAUACUUACCAAAAUGGAAUUGUCACUACAUCUCAGAAAUUCUCAAUUACAAAGAAAAAAUACCAAUGAGAUUUCAACAUUUCCGAUCGUCUACAGAAGAUGAUCCUUCAAAGGUUAACAAAUUUAUAUUUACCUUUGCUGUGAAGGUCGUAGUCAUUCAAGAAGAAAUUCAAGGAAGUUUAUUUUGCAAUGGGCUCAUCAGUUGA